AUGGCUCUCGGAGGGGAAUUCAACUCAAAGCUACCAUUUAUUGGAUCCCACGAACCAACUGGGGUUGUUGUGGAAGUUGGUUCUGAAGCCCAAGACUUUGCGAAAGGUGAUCGUGUAGGAUGUCUCAACUUUGACAGCUGUUGCGGAAAGUGCCCAGACUGCAAGGCUGGAAAGCCCAUAUACUGCGACGCUCCUCUGAUGAAGGGAAUCACUGCGGAUGGAGCUUGGGCAGAGUACAUGGUAGCUGAUGCCCGCUUCACUGUGAAACUGCCUGAUGCUCUGGAAUUUCCGACUGCGGCCUGCAUGAUGUGCGCAGGGGCAACCAUAUACGGAGGAAUCAAGAACGCCAAGGUUCCAGCUGGAGGUUCGAUUGGUAUAGUUGGUAUUGGAGGUCUAGGACAUAUCGGAACACAAUUAGCAAAGGCGAUGGGCUACCAAGUCGCUGCUAUCGACGCCAAGCAAGACACUUUAGAUCUCGUCUCAUCCUACACCCUCAAACCUGACGUUUGCGUUCUUGCGUCUGAUGCCCCCAAAUCUUCCAUGAAGAAAAUCACGAAUGUUGUCAAAAGUGAUUAUCCAGGCCUUGACGCGACGGUCAUUGCCACAGAUGCGCCCGCAGCAUUCGAUCUCGCCGCACAACUCACGCGCAAACACGGCACGAUGGUCCUUCUUGGCCAGCCCGAAAAGGGCAUCACGCUGUCUUAUCAGAACAUAAUUUUUCGAGAUAUCAAGUUAGUAGGGUCUCUCCUCGCUGAUCGUCCCGUGUUACAAGAGCUCUUGGAGCUGGUUGUAAAGCAUGAUAUCCAGGUCAAGAUCAAGGAGUGGAAGAUUGAAGAUGCCGAGAAAAUGAGGCAGGAGUAUUUAACGGGUAAGAACAGCGGUAAGAAUGUAAUCGUGUUCUAG